AAAACGAGAAAUAUUUCGAUACCAUCACAACAUUUGUUUUCCCCAAUUUCUUUUCCUUCCAGGGCGGCUUUGCCCAUUUUUUUGUCACGACCGGGCGAGUCGUAAUAAAUUUCCUUUUCUUUGGUGCUCACAGUACUACAUCGUGACAAAAUGGACGUGGCCGACAAAACUGCCAACUAUGCGACCAAGACGAAGCGCGUCCCCCAGGGCGAGACGGCCUUCCGGAUGCAGCGGUUUUUGCUGCACCAGAAGAACGAGCCCACCCGGCAGGUGGAAGCGUCGCUGGACGAGGCGGUGGAAGAGGUGGAGCGGCUGGCCGGGAUUUUCGCGGGCCACAUGGCCAAGGCGGACGUGCACAUUGCCGAAAUGAAGAAGGAGAUCGCGGUGGACUUCGCGAAGGGGCCCCCGCUCAUCGAGUUGAUCCCGGAGAACCUGCCGCAGCCCGGGCAACUGCAGAAGCUGAGUUACACCCAGUACAAGCGCGCGUUCGGCGGGCACUCCGUGGACGAACUCCACGCUAUCACGAAGUUUCGCAGCAACAGUCAAAAGCGAUUAUUAGGCGGGUUGAUGAACUACGAGCAUUUUUUGGGCUACAUCGUUCUGCAGCACACCUUCGUGCUCUGGAAACGGCAGAUCGUCGACAAGAAAUUUUCCUACGCCAGAUUCCUCGAGAGAACGCUUUUAUCGUCCGUCCAGUGGAAGAGAUGGUUUAACCUGCGAGCCCUUCUCCUACGGUGGUACAUGUUUACCCAGUGGUCAAGAAAGGAGGAAGCGGCAAGGUAAGAUUUUUGUGUUUAGAUAGUGCAAGCUCCUGAAAUAGUGCGUUUUUUUUGUCACAACAAGUGUCUUUUGACUUCGAUCACUAAAUGGAAAUGUGCCUGAUCCGGUUGUACACACAAACUCUGUUUCUGAGAUAGAUCUCAAUUUUUCAUCGACGACGCACAACAGGCAACGCGCCAUGAAGAAGUUGGUUGACCGGGAUGCUCUGCAUAUGAAGCAGUGGGAUAAGGAGUACAGGAACGCGUUAAAGGCCCUAAAGGACACCGCCAUUCCGGAUCCCGACGAGGGUUUCCAGAAGUGCCUCCAGUACCUGCUUCCCCACGCGGUCGACGUGCUGGAAAACGCGCACAAGCGCUCGGCGGUGGACGUGCGGCAGUUUGCGAAUUUCUUCAUCGAACAUUUGAAAACUGUCAAUGUCCGGACCGAUUUUUACGAGGACGCCGACAGCAAGAAGGGCAGGAUUAACGCGCAGGCGACGCUGCUCGAGCUGAUGUCGCUGGCGAAGCAACACGUCUACGAGCAGGACCCGAGUUUUCAAGACGACCAGGCAAUCGCGGACGUGAUUAUGGCCGUCACACGGCAGGUCGACGAGCGCGCGCACACCGAGAUCACCCGGCAGGACUUCAUCGAUAAGGCGGCCCGGGACAUGGUGGAUAACGUGUACCGCCGGAUUCUGCGCGGUAGGUCCAUCAACGACCCGGCGGACCAGCGGCAGCUGAACCCCAAAGAAAUUGACAUUAGCCGGCUCCCCUGGGAACCCGGGCUGCACAAGCACGAGCGCCACAUGAUCGAGGAGUACAUCGAGCACUACAUCACGCUGGUGUGCGACGAGCGGACCAUCUUCGCGCAGUUGCGGGACGCCUUGCAGCAGGAUCGCGAGAUCGCCAAGAAACGGCUCGAGGAGGCGGCCAAGGAGGGCCUCACGCCCGAGCAGGCCGAGGCCCAGUUCUACAGUGUCGAAAACGCGUCGAUCUCCAACUUUUUGUCCGAGACUCGUAGGCUGUUUGAGGACAGUUUGGACAAGGCCGAGAAGGACUUCCGUCGCCGGCUUCCCGGCGCCUACCAGAACGCAGUGGAGAAACUUCCGGAGGGCGGGGACAACAUGGGCCUCCUCCCGGGGACGCUGGAGCGCGACGAACCUAGGAUCGCGGCCAAAUACCGCACUCUGAUCAACGCGGUGCGCGAAUUCAUGAAGAACUGCUUCGUCUACGACUUGGAAAGGUUGAGAAGAGACGAAAUCCACCGUUUGAAACAGGGGGGCACCACCGGUAGGCUUUUUCUGACUUAUAGAUAGGACAACUUUGGAUCGUUAUUUCUUUAUUUCCUGGUACUACUUAUGUGGUCGUAUGUGAAGAUGUUUCGCUUUUGCAUCGCUCUUGAUGAUUUUCUGGUUAUGGCAUAAUAAAUUGGAUUUCGAACCAGUAAGUAUAAUGGACUGUAGUUUAUCGUUAUCCAAAAAACCAACCAACAGACGUGACCGGUUUGCUUCGCGAGCGCUUACUUGACUUCAUGCCGGGCCGAGACCACCACGCGGCGUUGACGGAGGGUUUUGGAACCCUGAGCACGAAAGAUGAGUUGGUGCCGCGCGCCUUUAUCUUCGAGCCCCUGGGCGAAUUCCCGCAGGAUCGGCAUAUUCUGCAGCGCGCUCGGCACAUUUCCAUGAACUACUUCCGCAGCAGCAAUUCAACGGUAAAUUCCCUAGUCCGCACGGUCACGCUCGACAUUGUCCGCUACGUCCGAGGCCUGUGGGAGCUGCUCCGUCAGCACCGCUUGCAGACGGUUUUGUCGGAGGAGACCAUGAAGAGUUCCAUGCCUCUGCGACAGAAGAACCAGAUGCUGAUAAACGCCAUCGAGGAGAUCGCGCAAUUGGAGCAAUUUUUCCUGGCGCGGUUCCUGACCAUCUACGACGUUUUAGGAACGAAGGUGGAGAACACCGCCGCCCCGACGGCGCUGUACAUCAUCACUUCCGCAAGCGACAUGUUGCGGGCGGAUCUGGAUAACAUCCGGCAAACCUUGAAGUCCCACGAGGGGCUGUACAUCGCGCAACGCGCCGUGGUCGCGGACCGAGUCUUAGCCUACUUCGUGCAGCGCUUCGAGGAGCACGACGAAAACGAGGGCGGGCCGCAGCAGAAGGAAAUCGAACGACGGGCGGAGAAGUUGCUACCAGAGAGGGUGGAGCUACAGGAAGUGCUGGUACGCUUGGAAACGCACGAGGUCGCGCAGGCCAUCCGCAUGUUGCGAUCGCUGUGGGAUGAAGUUUUGGAGGAAGGCGUGAUGCUCACCGCGUUUGAUUCCAUCCAGGACUUGGAACGCAGGGAAAACUUCGUUACGGACGAGCAGGAGGCGGAACUUAAAGUCUUGAUCACCGGGCAGGAGCGCAGAAUCCAGCAGAUCGAGCACUACAUCAGGGAAAUGCGGGGGAAGGUCCGGCUUGCCGCCUUACUCAAUUCCGACAAGCACCCCGGGGACAAGGGACUGAAGAACCUCGACCCGCUAUGGGUGUUGCUGCAGACACUGGAUUUGGCCAGAAAAGAGCUGGACGAGCAGGGCUUCUUCUUUCCGGCGGACCGCAGCAACGGCGCUUUGCUCGCAAGCUCCAAGCCGCUGCGCAGUUUCCAGGACCUGUCUCCGGAGCGGCAAACGGCGUUGAAGCACCGCGUGGUCAACAUGAUUUGUGCGUUGAUGACUACGAAGAUGCGCGACCUUCCGCGGGCCACGCCGGAGUACGAUGCCGCGGAGGUGAUCCAGGUCAUGUUCGCGGACGAGAUGGAGGAGGGCACACAAGCGCCUGAGUUACCCCAAGACGUGGCGGACCGGGGACGGAUCGAGCUCGAACAGGCAGUCCAGGGGCUGCGGGAGGUGGUGGCGCGCGGCACAAGAGAUUACGAGAAAGCCAACAAGUACGAACCCCACGUCUCCGGGCUUUUUUACGAUGCGUUUUUGGCCCAGGUGUUCAACGCCUUCACCGUGGUCGCCUACUGUUUGCACCCGGUGGUGCCGCCCCCGGACAAGCACACCGUGACGCACUACUUGACGCGGGAGGGCUUUGAGGAGCACUGGCAGUGGUCGGACGGUUUGCCCGAGCACAAGAGACACGGGAAAAUCACAAAGGUGACGACCCUCGGCGGUAUUCUCGCAAAUUUAGCGCACUACUGGACGGGCAAGCCGACCUGCAGCAUCGCCGUCAUCUACGAGCGGUUCUUCGAGUGCGUGUGGGAACUGCACACGAACAACGAGGCGCUGUCGAAGGUCCCGCCCGUGAAGAUCUGCGUCGCCUGCGUCAACUACGCGUGUGACUUACUUCACGGGAAGGUGAAGUACGUGUCUAGAACCCUGAUGAAGGCGUUCCUCGCGCAAAUCAUGCAACUCUUCGCGUCCGACGUGCACACGGCCGACGACCCGCGGUGCAAGCGCACGGCCAACCACAGUCCGUUGAUGCGAAUCAUUGCCUACAGCUUCUUGAAGAACGUAGUCGCGGAAGGCGGCGACCACAAGGCUUGGUUCAACAACCUCCACGCCAACGUUCCCGAGUACCACGGGGUGGACGACUUGAUCGGCGUGCUGAACAUUGUCACGCAGUGCAUCGCCGCCCCGGACGGCGAGAAGUGGUGCGAGCGGCUGCGGUCGCUGCACAACUCCUCCACGAACAACCCCGCGGCGAUCUUCCUGGGCGGGCAGUUCGAGCGCAUCGAGCGAAUUUGGUCGAAGGGCCUGGAUCGCUACAUCUACUUCUCGCACAGCCGCCGGCUGAUGGCGGCCCGGGCGCUCGCUGCAGAUAAAUUGGAGCGGGGUCUGGACCACAACCACGGCUUCAAACACGAAACUUUUGUCCCAACUGUUGGGUAUAAGAAGAUCCACAACUGGCGCGCGAAAGGAGGUGGUUUUUUCGACCCGGACUUGCACAAUUUGAGCAACGGAGACAUGUUCAUGACCGAGGAGGGUUUGAACCAGGGGCCGAAUAAGAUGAUAACCGCUCUGCUAAACACGCCACCCCUGCCCUCCGCGAAAGCGGCCAUCGCGCUGAUCCACUUCUUCGAGCAGACAGCGAGCGCGUGGCGACCACCGCUGCCGGCCCAGAAGUACCAGUCGCCGCUGCUGAUCGCGAACGACAUCCCGCAGGAGGCCAUGGAGACGAUUUACGCCCUCGCGACGGGGUGCGUCGACAUGGACAACCUGCUCCUCGCGGCGGAUGGCAACCCGCACGCGGAAGACGGCCCCAUCGACCCGAUUCCGCACUUCAACAUCCACGAGGUGUUAUCCGCCUGGUUUGCCCGGGUCUUUUCCAAGGUCAUGAUCCGGUUUCCGGAGUGGCGGCGGGAGUUCCCGCGAACGUUGGACUACCUCCAAGCCUUCGCGUUUGGCAUCCUGGAAUACAACUGGAAGCAGCGGGAGGGCUUGAUGCGGGAGUCCCGGCUGAAGAACGACGAGAUGAAGUUCGCGGAGAUGAUUCGCGCGCGGGCAAAGGCCAGGGUCGAGCAGCCGCAGAAUUUAGAGGAGCUAAUCGUGAACGCCGAGGAUUUCGCGCAGGUCUUCAUCCUCUCUGGCAGCGGGUUCAUGAACAAGAGCGGGGAGCUGGAAAUCGACAACGAGGCGGGCUUGGUUGCGUUCGACGCCUUCAUGCAGAAGGACCUUGCCCAGGUGGCGCUGGUCUUCUGCAACGACAAGGACUACGCGGAACUCUUCAUCUGCUUCGUCGCCAUGGCGGUCGGGAGGCGAAUCUUCUUCAAGCACCGCAGCCACUACAACUCGAUUUUGUGCUACUUCUUCCUGAAUUUCACCGGGGAAUACAUGGCCAUGAUGCAACUGCCGAUGUACAAGUGGCUCGAGUCGCAGUGCCGAAGGAUUUUUGCGGUCGCGCAAAGAACGCCGGUCGUGUUUGACGCCGUGGAGGAUAACAUCAAGAAGGAGCUGGAAGAGGUAGAGGAAAACAAGAAAGCGGGCAUCCAGGAGGCAAAACUGCGGCUGGGGUACGCAAAGCGCCGCGAGCGCUGGGGAACGGUCUUUAACGAAUUUGACGCCGAGGCUCUGCACGAGAAACAGCGGGAAAUGCGGGAAUUCGAGGCGGUGUUUCUGGCCGACAGUGGGUUGUUCGAGCUUGGAAAGGACGACAACGAGGGACAAAUUCGCAUGGGAGAGAGUCUAGCGUCGGGCGACGGGGAGUUCAACAGUAUCCCCAUGCUCGCUUCGGGCGUCCCCAUGUAGUAGAGAGGCAUUCAUGAAUUUCCAUUUGCUUCGAUUUUAUCUUCAUAGACACCGGUUCUUUCGCAGUUUUUACUCGCUUGUUCUUCACACUUUAUCCACUUGCAUUUAGAGUUCUUGAAACAUCACAAACAUUGCCACGCGUGUGUCAUUACGAAAUUGACACAACGCACCCGCCGGCACGAUAUCUCCUUGUUGAAAAAAUUGCAUUUACUCACGUCAAAGGCUGUUGUGCGACUAUGUUCGUGUAGCAGUGAAAUUGAAAAGCUAAGCGUAAGUCUCGAUGAGAAACACUUUCCGCAUUUUAUGUUCAUAUACUUUUCCAUAAGUUUGUUAAAGUUAAAGCUAAUUUUCUAAACAUCUACAACAGCUGUAUUCUACUUUAUUGGAUUCAAACAAUUUCAUUCAUUGCACGGUGUACUGUUUUUUUUCUGUGAUUUGCAUUGUCAUUUGUGCUUCGUUUAUAUUGCAAUUGCUUAACGUGAGCUAGAGGUCCGAGCUCUCGAGCUUUGAUAUCUAGUGGUAGAUGAUGCCUCUACCUUUUUUCCGGUUUUCCCCCGGUCCGGCAUCUCUUUUUUUUACAAGCUUAGCAAAAUUUUUUUUACUCCCUCGUAGGCUUGUGUUGCUCCUGCUGCACCUGCAUACACAUACUCAUCUUACCUCACCCCCACAUGAACCCAAAAUCAUAUGCAUUAUCCCAUCAUGAUCAUACUAGCGCAUUGUAUCCCAAGACAAGAAACCGCAUCCCGGCAUCCUCCAAGCGUGGCUAUGAGCUCGAGCAUCCCUCUUGCUUUUGCGCAGGCGCUUUUAUCCCAUCGGGUCAACAAGCAUGACAUGCUUGAUGUACACUAGAAAAAACUCAAAGAGAAAGACCGAAUGGGCGACCACUUUUACCCUGGGGAUGAACUCUGAAAAAAAAACACUUUUCGCAACCUCUCAC